AUGGCGGCGCCGGGGACGCUGAAUCUGGAGGGGACGCACACGUGGGGGUCGCGGAGCAUCGACGAGUUCGAGAAGCUGGAGCAGAUCGGCGAGGGCACCUACGGGCAGGUGUACAUGGCGCGGGAGAAGAACACGGGCGAGAUAGUGGCGCUGAAGAAAGUGCGCAUGGACAACGAGAAGGAGGGGUUCCCCAUCACAGCGAUCCGGGAGAUCAAGAUAUUGAAGAAGCUCAAGCAUGAGAACAUUGUCAACCUCAAGGAGAUCGUCACCUCCAAAGCGGAGGAGAGCAACAAGUACAAGGGCAGCAUAUACAUGGUGUUUGAGUACAUGGACCAUGACCUCACUGGCCUCUCCGACCGCCCUGGCAUGCGCUUCUCCGUGCCCCAGAUCAAGUGCUACAUGAAGCAGCUGCUCACGGGGCUGCACUUCUGCCACAUCAACUCCGUGCUGCACCGCGACAUCAAAGGGUCCAACCUGCUGAUAAACAACAAGGGCGUGCUGAAGCUCGCUGACUUCGGCCUUGCGCGCUCCUUCAACAGCGAGGCCAGCGGCCAGCUCACCAACCGCGUCAUCACCCUCUGGUACCGACCGCCUGAGUUGCUGAUGGGUGCAGUGCGGUACGGGCCGGCAGUGGACAUGUGGUCAGUGGGGUGCAUAUUCGCAGAGCUGCUCAUCGGCAAGCCCAUCCUGCCCGGCAAGAGCGAGAUAGAGCAGCUAGGGCUGAUCUUCCAGCUGUGCGGCACACCGGACGAGAGCAACUGGCCGGGAUGCUCGAAGCUGCCGUACAUGCAGCAGCACAAGAGCGACCGCGUGCUCAAGCGCCGCGUGCGAGACAUCUUCAGAAAUGUGGACAAGCACGCGCUGGACCUGCUGGACAAGAUGCUCACACUCGACCCCAACAAGGUGCGCCGCUGCUGCUCCCACCCUGCUUCUCACUCCUCUUCUUAUCCAGGCUCUGAAAACCGUUAG